AGAAGUGACGCUGCUAAAGAAUGCUUUUAUAGAUGUCUGAUUGUAGACAACAUUUCAAAAGCGCAAGAAUGAAAAGCAAUCAACCAAAAUUUAUCAAGCAAUAUGCCUCUGGUGUAAUCGACUUUAGUUCACAGUAUGGGGGAGAAAAUCCCAGAAGUGUGUCAUAUUCGGUUGCAAAUAUUGCCGGAGAACCAAGAAUAUUUCCAUCGUACGGAGAUUUCACUCAAGCUGCAGUGUUCCGAACUUAUGGCCCAUGGUGGAAAGAUAAAAAUGAGGCAUCUAAAGCAUCUGGACAUCCCAGGGAAAAAAACUUCUACAGCGAAGAUUACAUUGAUUUAGUAUUUGAUCAAUCUGUCUAUCCAUGGUCAAUUGCCAUUUUUGAAACCUACAACCCUGGAGCCGUGGUCAGGAUACUCGCAUUAAGACAAUCAUUUCCAGUACAUAAUAUUGGACUCUCUCAAAAUGAAGAAAGGCCAAUGCCAGUACCGGUUCCAUUUGCACCAGGAUGCUCACAUUGGGAGAUAUUAUGGGAAUGUAGUUCUCCUGAACAAAAUCUUCCUUCAUCUUCAAAUGAAGCUCGAAUGUUUGCUCCUAUUCUAAAUGAAAUGAAGCAUUUAACUAGGAUCAUUCGACUUGAAUUUUGUAGCACUCACCUACAAUAUUAUACUGAACUUGAUGCAGUUGAACUUACAGGUACUUUGACAUACUACCCUUCAACCUCAGUCGAUCCUCCAGUGAAACUAUUUGAAGAAUUGAAAAUAGUUGAUGACGGGACUGUCAAAUCUUAUUCGAAUAAAAUGAAGGACAUAUCUCGAAACAAAUCGAAAAAUGACACCAUUUCUGAUAAAUCAAAAGUUGAACACAAUAAUGGAUAUUUUGACAAUCUUCCACCGGAACUUUUAUGUUAUAUAUUCUCAUUUUUACCUCUUAUGGAUUUAUGCCGCUGUGCUCGUGUGUGCAAGCUGUUUCAUGAACUUAGCUAUGAUCCCUCAUGGUUUAACAAUAUCGACCUUAGAAGUUGUUGGCACCUCAUUAACGAUGAUGCGUUAGAAUGCUUGGUUACACAUUGUAAUCCAAAGUUAUAUGAUGUGACGUGGGAAGACAAUAAAUCGCCACCUACUCCUCAAGUGCAGUCGGUGAAUUUAUCAUGGUGUGGUGGUGGUGGAAUUGUUUCAAGCGGAUCUCUAGUAAAUUUCGUCGCGAAUUGUGGAUCUCAUGUUCUCACUCAUUUGUCACUUGCAUCAUGUCCGAUCGUUUCUGAUGAGGUUUUGAGCAAAAUUUCACAUUAUUGUCCAAACUUACAACAUCUCAAUAUCUGGUCAUGUGACGCACCCACAUCUGAAGGACUGAGGAUUUUACACAAUUUAACGAAACUUGAAUAUGUUAAUUUUUAUCGAACAAAGAUAGAUGAUGCUGGAAUUCUAUGCAUUCUUCAUUCUAAUCCAAACUUACAAAGCAUAAAUCUUGGAAGCUGUAUUUGCAUUCUUGAUUUUGAUAGGAUUCUUGUUGAAUUGUCUCAACAUUGUCCUAAAAUAAGAAGUUUAGAUUGCUGGAGAGCAAAAAGUUUGACAAGCCAUGGACUUAACUCAUUAACGACUUCAUGCAAUUUUAUUGAAGAACUUGAUUUGGGAUGGUGUGGAGGAUUGCAGAGCAGUUCAGGUUGUUUCCAGAUAUUGGCGUCGAAUUGUCCUCAUUUAACCAAGUUAUAUGUGACUGCCAACAGAACUAUAUCAGAUGCUGAAAUCAAUGCCCUGAGCAAGAACUGCCCCAAGCUAGAGAAAUUGGACAUUCUUGGAACAAGAUUGGUUACUGUACCUUCUAUUAUCAAUCUCCUUGAAUCAAGCAAGAAUUUUAGUUUUCUGGAUGUUUCUUUUUGUUUUGCAUUCUCCAAAGAAGUCGUCCACUCAUUGGACCAACAAUAUCCUCAUGUAUCGAUAAAAAGAAGCUUUCAAGAAGAUAACUGAGUAAAUUCAUCAUAAAUAUUGCAUCUCACUUUAUCAAACACCAUUUAAUUGUACUAAAAUAAACUUAUGCUAGAUUGAUACAUGCUUAUAUCCUAAUAAAGCGUGUAUGAUUAGAAUGUUAAAAUAACUAUCUAUAUGCAAACAAAAAAUUGUGUUUACUGUAUACCCAAAAUUUUAAUUCAAGCCAAAAUAAAUUUUAAUCUUGCCAGACAUUGUUGUUAUUGUCCCAAAUUAAAAUUGCUCCAGGUCGAUAUUGUCAUAUCUCCUGUUUUUUUUUCAAUGAAA